UCCCAUCCACAUCCUGCGAAUGUAACCCGCCAUCUUGUCGUACCGAGGAGGAGAACAGCAGAAGAUAUGGCUGACUACAGCAGCGUGGCUCCCCCGUCCUCUAACGCCGGUGGUGGUAUGAACGACGCUUUUAAAGACGCUCUCCAGCGAGCACGACAGAUUGCAGCGAAAAUCGGUGGUGAUGGCGUUGCGGCACCCCAAACAAAUGAGUUUGGCUACGGAGGCCAGAAAAGGCCCCUGGAGGACGCUGGUGGGUAUUUUCCCAUGCCUAACCUGAAUAUCGACAAUCUUAAUCAAGAAGAUACAGACUGGGACAGGAUUCAGUAUAAACCAGACCAACCAGAGACAAAGAAAGUGGCUACAAAUGAUGCCUUUUCAGCGAUGGGAGGAAUGGGUGGCCCCCCAAGGUCAAUAUCAGAGGAAUUUAAGGUUCCAGAUGGCAUGGUUGGAUUCAUCAUUGGAAGAGGAGGUGAACAAAUAUCACGCCUGCAACAGGAAUCUGGUUGUAAAAUACAGAUUGCACCUGACAGUGGAGGAAUGCCAGAUAGGUCAGUGACGCUAACAGGAGGACCAGAGUCCAUCCAGAGUGCAAAGAGGCUACUAACAGAGAUAGUUGAAAAGGGGCGACCGGCUCCAGCGUUCCAUAACAACGACGGCCCAGGAAUGACUGUCCAGGAGAUUAUGGUCCCUGCUUCUAAGGCUGGACUCGUCAUUGGAAAGGGAGGAGAAACCAUCAAAAGCCUUCAGGAAAGAGCUGGAGUUAAGAUGGUCAUGAUCCAAGAUGGACCCCAAAACACAGGUGCAGACAAGCCACUCCGCAUUUCGGGGGAGCCCUUCAAAGUUCAGCAAGCCAAAGAGAUGGUGAUGGAGCUGAUCCGAGAUCAAGGCUUCAGGGAGCAGAGGGGGGAAUAUGGUUCACGAGUUGGGGGAGGCGGAGGAGGAGAUAGCUUGGAUGUCCCUGUCCCCCGGUUUGCAGUAGGAAUUGUGAUUGGCAGAAAUGGAGAGAUGAUCAAGAAAAUACAGAAUGACACAGGCGUCAGGAUUCAGUUUAAACCAGACGAUGGCAGCACACCGGACAGGAUAGCACAGAUCAUGGGUCCCCCUGACCAGGCGCAGCAUGCAGCAGAAAUUAUUUCAGAUUUGCUGAGGAGCGUCCAGGCCGGUGGGCCUCCAGGACAUGGUGGUGGCAGAGGCCGUGGUCGUGGGCAGGGGAACUGGAACAUGGGCCCCCCUGGUGGCCUGCAGGAGUUUACCUUCACUGUUCCGACCAUGAAGACUGGCCUUAUCAUUGGAAAAGGUGGUGAGACAAUCAAGGGCAUCAGCCAGCAGUCUGGAGCCAGGAUCGAGCUGCAGAGGAACCCUCCUCCCAACGCUGAUCCCAACAUCAAGAUGUUCACAGUCCGCGGUUCCCCUCAACAGAUUGACUACGCCAGGCAGCUGGUGGAGGAGAAAAUUGGGGGACCAGUCACUCCAAUGGGUGGCCCACACGGACCCCCUGGUCCACAUGGAGGUCCAGGCCCCCAUGGUCCUCCUGGACCCCCUGGACCCCCUGGUGCUCCCAUGGGCCCGUACAACCCUGGCCCAUACAACCAGGGACCUCCAGGACCUCAUGGUCCACCUGCGCCUUACCAGCCUCAGGGAUGGGGCAAUGGUUACCCACACUGGCAACAGGGACAGCCUGAUCCAAAUAAAGCAGUAGCUGAUGCCAACGCGGCGGCGUGGGCAGCCUACUACGCUCAGUACAGCCAGCAGCCACAGGCUCCCAUGACCCCGACGAGUGGAGCCCCCGGCACAACUCAAACCAACGGCCAAGGUGACCCACAGGCUGCAGGUCAGAGUGGACAGGCAGAUUACUCCAAGGCCUGGGAGGAAUAUUACAAGAAAAUGGGUCAACAGAGUCAACAACCUCAGGACUACACAAAAGCCUGGGAGGAGUAUUACAAAAAACAAGAGCAUAAUGCAGAAAAAGAUGCUUGGGAUAAUGGUCAAGCGGCCCCUCAGGCCCCAGCAGCAGCUGCAGCCUCCCAGCCUGGAGGCCAGCCGGACUACAGCGCUGCCUGGGCGGAGUACUACCGCCAGCAGGCCGCUUACUACGGCACAGCCAACCCUCAACAGAUGGGUGCAGCACCACAAGCCCCUCAGGGCCAGUAAUGUGAAGUGGACAUAAAGUAAAUGCUACAUUGUCGAAACAAAAUCCUUUGUUAAAUGUUUGGAUGCAGACGCCUUGAUGAAGAUCUUAAAUUUCCUUGGUUUGAAAGUGUUUCACAUAGAUGGCAGAUUUCCCGGCGAGCACGUCCUCUUUCAUUUUUUUUCUUUUUGUUUUUGUUUUUCUUGUAAAUGCUUUGUUUUUAGUGAGGUAAUUAUACAUAUGGUCAUUCCAGCCCUGUAUCUACAUUAAAUGUGGUUAGAACUCAUGUUUAUUAAACUGUAGACAUUACCAUGUAAAUCAUCUCAGUUUUAAAAAUGCUAUUGCCUGUUGUGUUUUUGCAAUAAAACAAACUGAAACCUCCUGUGUUGGUAAGUUGGGGUGGUUUGAAACCAAAGGGGUUGAGAUGAAAUUCUGUAUGUUUUUGUUUUACUGGGGGAAAAAUUUAAAAACGCAGGCCAUGUUUUGGUUUUAUUGUCCAAAAAGGUUCACUCAAAGUUGUGCUGUCCUGUCUCUCUCCAACUGUCUAUAAGGCUCUUAGAAACAUUAUGUGCGUGCGAUGAUCCCGAGUGAUUUCAGACCAACAACCGUCCUUGUUGAUAGACGUAUAUAUUUUUCACACCUGUUUCCUGACAUUGCUCUGACUGUAGCAGUAGACAGAUUGUUUGUCAUAAGAAAGCUGAUAGGUAUCUCUGUACCGUGCAUUAACUGCGUUGCUGUGGCGCCCUUCUUAAUUUUGCCUGGUUUGCUGACAUUGUUGAGGUAGUAUGCACUGUAUUUUGCCUUGAUAGACACUUCCUCCUCCACAGGCGAGUUUAGAAAAGUGGUAAGCAAGUAUUUUUCUUAACGUGGUUGCAAGAAAUGUUGCAUAUUUUUAGUGUUACAUCUAUAUUUUUUUUUUGCUGUUCUUUCUCCAGGACAGUCAGGUAAAAAUUGCCACUGUAUCGAAAAAUGCAUUGAAAAGUUUGUCUUGCCCGUUUUGAAAUUGCGAACUAACUCUCAUGUAUAAAUUUGUUUUUUAAAAGAAUGUUUUUUUAAUAUAAAAACAUUGCAAAAGUCGUUUUGCUGUGCCCACUCUGUUAGUGUUUAUCCAAUAUAAGAAGAUAGAUGUUGUAGGGUCGAGGGUGGCUAAGCAGUCGUCAUCCAUCAGUUGAGCCCUCCUAUACUGUAAGUACAAAACUGUGACUGACUAUGAGAGAUACCCGCCUAUUUUUGAUGCAUUAUAAACUGCAAACGAUGUAGUAUUUUUGUCAAAUAUUGCCAUUUCCCCCCCCUGUCUCUGGGUAAGUAUGAAAUGUUCUGAGGAGAGGAAUAAUAGUCCUUUAGUCACAUGUUUCUGAGACUUGUCUUGACUUUGACUCCAUAAAACUCAGUCUUUGAAUCUUCACAGUAUGUUGAUGCUCUGUAGAUUGUUUGUGUAGGUAGUUGGAUUUUCUUAACUGAGGGUUUGAAUGUCAGCACUCUGUUACACUGUUGGUAGGAACUGUGUAAGGAUGUCCAUGUGGGUUCUCUUUUGCGUUUUUUGAAUUCCUUGAUCUGCUAAGUGCCAUUGUCUAGUCGAGACUGUUUUUUUUUUUGUUUUUUUAAUGCCAUUUAUUGCAAAAUAUUGCUUAGAACAAGUCCUCCUGCAUAACUCCAGUGUAGCAUGCUUAGGUUUCUGCUGUUUAUUACUUUAAUGUCCUAUAUGAGCAUGUGGAAUGCUAGUAGUGGAAGUGCUUCUGACUAGUUCAGUAUUGAUUCUGACAUUUUCUGAAUGAGCACUGUUGUAAAAGGCUGUUAAUUUCUAAGACUUAAAAAAAAAAAAGAAUUAUUUGACUGCAUUGUUCACUGAUGGCAAACAGUGCAAUAUAUCUGAUCUUUGCAGUGUCGUCCCAGACCUUGCACCUUAGGUUCUGCUGCAAUAACACAGGUAAGCGAAACCUAAGGAAACCAGUGUUUUUGUCCAGUGACAUGACCGAUUGAUUAUACAUGCAAACGAAAUGCUUACCUGUGUCUUUAACAUGCCUCAAUGCAUUCAUGCCUAGUCGUAAAGCUAUGUCCAGGAUCUCUAAGCCCUUUAAGAUGACCUGCUUUCAUGAAUGAACUGCAUGAUAUGAGCUGUAUGACUUGUUACCGAGAAAAAGUGGUUGAAUAGGCUCACUGAGGAAAUGUUGUCAUUGUCGUAUGUGCUCAAUAUUUGAUACUAGCCUUAAUUUUGCAUCCUGGUAAGUCUGACUGACAUGAAAUCGAUGCUCUAGACAACUCUGAUUCUGGUUUAUUCAACUGCAUGCCAUGCAAACUGCUGUCAGAAGUUAGCAAUGUGCUCAACAGUUAGGUCAAAAUGGUGAAAUACAUGAAUAUAUUUCUUAAUUUCUGUCGUGGUGUGAAUCUGCCCUCAAGUGCAGUGCAAACCUACUAUUGAAACGCUGCUGCCUUCACUUCUCGCUCACAGUGUUGGAGGAUGCUGCAAGCUUAGGUCAUAGAAUCAGGCCCUGUCGUAGUUUGUCCCCAAAAUGGAGGAAUCCUUUGAGUCAUUCCCACUGCUGAACGUAGACCGUUCAAGAGCUCCAGUGAUAAGGUAAAAACAGCAACGCAAUGAAAUUUAAAUUCUGUGAUUGCAAACUGUUGGUCAGAUACAUGUUUUUCAGCUCGGACUGACUGUUUUUAUUGUCUGAUGGUUUAUAAUCGCUUCAAUGCCUUUCAUCAGUAACUGUUAGUCAGUCAGUAGGAAUGUGCUUUAGAAAGUUGGAUGAGGACAGGAACUAAUGAACUUUCAAUCACAUAUGCACUUUUAUUGGCAGUAAAUCUGGGGUUAUCAGUUUAAAAUCACAUCUCUGUAGUUUUAAAGGGUCACUUAUUGUUUGAGGCUGUUCACUCUGUACAUGUAAGAUGCUCAGUGUUUCAACACAGAGGUCGUGGGGGUGUAGAAGACUUAACAAGGAGCAUGCCUUAGAGGUAAAAAGGUUUCAUGUGUUGUGUAUAUUAUCAAAGCUAUUGGUUUUUGUUUUCUGAAUUAACUGUUCUGAUUUUUUGAAAUGUUGCCAUGUUCAUUAAUAAAGUUGUAACAAACAAACUAGA